AGGAGACAGACUGGACCGUCGCGGCGGCUCGCCUCGCACCGUACAAUGAUCGCAUGAGGCUCGGCCUAAAACUACCAAACCGCUGCUGUGUCGCGUAGAUAAAUUGAUAUUUUCUCUUACGCGUAUUUGUGCUGUAGUUUUUUUUUCCCCGGGAGCCGCUAGCUCGUCACCAUGACAACGUUGUCACUGAUUUUGAUGGCCGUGUCGGCUGCGUCUGUCCUAGCCGAGUCCGCUGUGUAUUUCCGAGAGCAGUUUGAGGAUGCUGAUGCCUGGACGAGGCGCUGGGUGGAAUCCAAGCACAAGUCAGACUAUGGCAGGUUUGUCCUGUCUGCAGGGAAGUUUUAUGGAGACGUAGAGAAAGACAAAGGUCUGCAGACGAGCCAGGAUGCUCACUUUUAUGCUUUGUCAGCCCGUUUUGAUGACUUCAGUAACAAAGCUCAACCUUUAGUCAUUCAGUUCACUGUGAAACACGAGCAGAGCAUUGACUGUGGCGGUGGCUACAUCAAACUAUUUCCCUCUGAACUCAAACAGGAGGACAUGCACGGAGACUCCGUCUACAACAUCAUGUUCGGACCUGAUAUUUGUGGACCAGGCACAAAGAAAGUUCAUGUGAUCUUCAACUAUAAAGGCAAAAACUAUUUAAUUAACAAGGACAUCAGGUGUAAGGAUGAUGAGUACACCCACCUGUACACACUGAUUGUCAACCCUGACAACACUUACGAGGUGAAGAUUGACAAUAAGAAGGUCGAGUCGGGCAAUCUGGAAGAAGAUUGGGACUUCCUGCCCCCCAAAAAGAUUAAAGAUCCCGAGGCCAAAAAGCCAGAGGACUGGGAUGACAGGGAGAAGAUUCCAGACCCUGAUGAUAAGAAACCAGAGGAUUGGGACAAGCCUGAGAACAUCCCAGAUCCCGAUGCCAAGAAGCCAGAUGACUGGGAUGAUGAGAUGGAUGGAGAGUGGGAGCCACCUAUGGUUACCAACCCUGAUUAUAAGGGGGAGUGGAAGCCCAGUGAGAUCGAUAACCCUGCUUACAAAGGAAAGUGGGUCCACCCUGAGAUUGAUAACCCCGAGUACACCGCCGACCCCGAGAUCUACAAAUACAACAGCAUCGGCGUGAUCGGACUCGACUUGUGGCAGGUCAAGUCUGGCACGAUCUUUGACAACUUCCUGAUCACCAAUGAUCCAAAACUGGCAGAAGAAGUCGGCGGCGAUACUUGGGGCAAAACUAAGGAUGCUGAGAGGAAGAUGAAAGAAAGCCAAGAGGAAGAGGAGCGGAAAACACGGGAGGAGGAAGACAAGAAGAGGCAAGAAGAGACCAAGGAGGAAGAGGAGGAGGAAGAGGAGAAGGAUGAGGAGGAAGAGGAGGAAGAAGAGGAGGAGGAGGAGGAGGAGGAAGAAGGAGAAGAGCCCGAAGAAGGGGAGGAAGAUGAAGGCACAGACUCUAAAUUCAAGGAUGAGUUAUAA